GUUCAGGCUAUAGAAACUUGCAAGGGAAUCAACAGGGAGAAACUGAGGCUAGAGACUGAAAGGACAGCAAGAAAAAGGUGCAUCUUUUGUGACUGGCAUCUAAGCUUGACUACAGGCAUAACAUUUAGGGUGGGCCUGUGGGGGACCUGGAGGGCGGAGGGCUCUAGCUGUGAGGGACAAGUGGUGGUGGCUUUGUCUGCAGAAGACAUGCAGGCUCCGGCUGUGGGAGACUACGUGGGGCUGGACACGUAGAUGGAGUGGGUGGUGGUUGCGGUGUCAGGGAUUCAGCCUGUAAAGGCCUGGCUAGAGAGAGAUGCACUUGCAUGGUUCAGAGAACCAGAAGGAGUUGGGUGUGGAAGUUUGGGCUCAUGUGGCUGAGUUAGAGGCUCAGCUACUUGAACACAUUAGGUGGAACUGGCAGUCUGGCCUGGCAGAAAUUUAGGAGCUGACAGCUUAGCUGUAGGUGUGAGGGACUUGAGGUGUUGCUUUUUUUCACACUGAGAGUGGGAUUCCAGCAUCAGCUGGAAGUGAUUGAAAAGAAAGAGUAUGUGUGUGCUCUUUUUUAUAUGUUUGUUUGCACACCCACUGGAAAACAAUGCGCAAAUGAAAUGGACCAACCAUCUGAUGGACUGUUUAGGGAGCACACUGUUGAGAUUUCCUAUUUGUGUUAAAAAAAAAUGCCUACAACUUUCUUUGUGAUGUGAUAGUGUGAAGAUCGGUAAUCUCGUAUCAGAUUUGUUGCCACACUGUCAAUACUCUGUUCAGUUGUGGAAGUGUUGAUGCAGUUACAGUGACAGUGUGUUUUUAUCAAUUAACAUCUGGUGUGACAGGUUGUUUCCUGUGACUAAAUGUGGUUUCUUCAGCCCAGCAGUGGCCUCAUGCAGUGUGAUAUUCCAAGGAAUGAGGCUUGUUCCGACAACCGUUUCCAUUUUACAUGUUUUUGCAAGUAGGUAGUGUUGCCUCUGAUCUUGGGAAAGUUUAAAUACCUGGAAAUGCAUAUGGCACAAGAGCAAAUAAUAGUGGAUGCUUUCAGAAAAGGGGGGUGGGAAAUUUGGGACAUUUGGUAAUGUUGGUUUAAAAGCUUUGGAAAACUGAACUUCUUUCUAUAAUUGCUUAUGAGCAAUAUAAUUUCUAUAAUAGAUUCAGCAUAGCAGGGCAGAUGCGCUGUUGCUUGCCAUGGGGGAGCCAUACAGCAUCAUAAGAUGUUCAGUUUCUCUGAUGCCUGUGAUGGCUGUCUCUAAUGUUCAAGGCAACAGCAGCUGUGGUGGUAUGAGGCUUCUAAGGUGUAUAGUCACCUUAUUGGGAGUCUUGAGAGGCAAGUGGCAGUGGAUUAAUGUUAAAUGCUCGGUGCUGGUACUGUCCCCAGUCUUCCACUCUUGUGAUGAGGAUGUUGGACUUGUUUAUGAAUCAGCUCCUGAGUCAUGGCAAUAUUCAGUUCAGCUGAUUAAGGUAACCUGAUCUGACUUUGGUUUAUUCUAAUAUACUAGGCUCCAAACCUUCAUGGGAGAGUGGUCCUGGUAGCCAGGGGGAGCAGCAGCAGCAGCUUUGACUAAUUUUUUCAUCCUGGUACUAGGUAUCUAUCCACAACAGUGCCAAUAUUGGAGGCAAACUUCAAAAGCCGAAUGUUGUUUAGGCAAAUCUGGUUUAUUUCCUACAGUCAUGUGUUGGCACAUAGAUUAACCAUAUGUCAGUUGACAAUGCAGUCGCCUGUGCUGAAGUUGGUUGUUCCCUGUAGUAGUAUGAGUUGAAGAUACUCUCCUCGGUGUCCUGCAGAUUGCUGUCGUAGUUGUGCUAACAUAGGUGUUUGGGCUGGGCUGUGAUCCAGACUUGGACUUUUGGUCUGCCUUGGUGCUUUUUUGGAAAGAGAGAACAUAGUGCUUUACUUUCAGAGUUUAUUUGGCUUCCUUACCUGGUUCAUGGCAUGACCCCACGAUGUGCUGUGACAGCUAGAGAUAGCAGGCUUCCCCUUACAGAAGUGUCUACAAAAGGAAAUUUAAGAACAAGGUGUUUGCCAAAAUAUCAAAAAAGUGUGACUGAGCUAAAGGUGCCAGUAGCUGUUGCUUCUGUUUCCAUGGAUCCUGUUAGAAGUACGGGAGAUCUGACAGGACAACAGGUCACUAAUGAAGGAGGAAUGAAGAGUGCUUCUUUAAAGGAUUUGUGUCCUGAGGACAAGAGACGCAUUGCAAACUUAAUUAAAGAACUUGCCCGGGUAAGUGAAGAAAAGGAGGUGACAGAAGAACGGCUGAAAGCUGAACAGGAGUCAUUUGAGAAGAAGAUCAGACAGCUAGAGGAACAGAAUGAACUUAUCAUCAAGGAAAGGGAAGCUCUGCAGCAGCAGUACAGAGAAUGCCAGGAACUUUUGAGCCUUUAUCAGAAGUACCUGGCUGAGCAGCAGGAAAAACUAUCGCUCUCUCUUUCUGAACUCAGUGCUGCCAAGGAAAAGAAGCAGAAGGGUCCACGCUCAGAUCAGCGUAAUGGACUAAUUCUGAACCUGCAUGUUCCUCCCUCUGUUUCUACCCCACCAAAAGAAACCCCAGAGCUGAAUAUCCAGGUAUCCAGUAAGAAGAGCUCAUGCCGACAACCUUCUUUGGAGCUAGAUGGUUCCUACUUGGGUAUUGGGGGACCUCAAACUUCUUAUAAGAACAGUAGAGCAUCAAAGGCUGGAAGCCCAGCCCGUGUUGCAUUGCCUCAGCCUUGCAGGAAUAAUCAUGAUUAUGGGACUGAAAUCCAUUACAACCAUCAGGAGUGUCUGAAGGAAUAUCUCAUAGAAAAUGGCUUGCACAGAAAGUGUAACAAUAUGAUUUCCCCAGCCAAGCAGAGGAGCCCUCACUGUGUAAAACCAGCUCAGGAGAUGGACCAGAAAGCAAAUGAAUUUCAGAGCACAUGCCCUCAGCAAGUGAGUCACGGUUGUGCCUGUGGGCAUGUAGAGAGUUCAGGGAGCAUGCAAGAGAGCUGCCACGUCAGCCAGCUACCUAGAAGACACUCUGGGCUGGUUCACAAAACCUGCGAUUAUUCUAGGUGCUCUCAAGUUUCUGGGCUGAAUGACAGUGUGGACCCAAGGGCUAAAGAAACAGAGCAGGCUAAAAAGUUGUAUGAAGAGAGAAGGCAGAAGCUGCUUCUGCAGAAAAUGGAGCUGGAAAUUGAAAAGGAACGACUCCAAAAUUUGUUGGCUAAGCAAGAAGCAAAACUGCUCCUAAAACAACAGCAACUACACCAAUCCCGUAUGGAUUAUAACAGGUUUAGAGGCCACGUACCAGGUUCGGAAGAUAUGCCCAUUGAUGAAGCGCCUGGAGAACUUGCUCGGAUGAUGAACGGCAACAGCAUGGGGCUAAGUGUACCGGUGUUGAAACAUGAAGAUUAUUUUCUGAGGACACCUCCAGUGAACAAAACCUACAGAACACCAGGGAGCAGUGGUGGGAGCAGUUUGGGGAAGAAAAUGGUUGGUUUUGGUGCCAACAUGGAAGAUGGGCAAACCCUUCUGAUGCAAACCAAGAAGGAAGGCACCAAGUCAAGGAAAGGGACAACUUCAGGACCUAGGAAGGAUGCAGCCAUAUCUCCUGUGCUGAUAGGCAGCAGCAAAGAGCUUGCAACCACAGCCACAUCACCAAUCCAACAUGACGCUUCACGGUACGAAGCCUGUCUUCUUGACCUGGUUGAAGCUAUGAGUCCGAUAUCUGCCCCAGGACACCUCUGCAGAGAAUCUUAUGACAGGAACAAAAUGCACACACCUCAUCAUAUGAGCCACAGGCCGCCGUCUUGGUACCAGACCCCUCGCAGCUCCAGAAGCACAGCAGAUGAGCUAGAAGAGAGCCGGCUCCUCGAGGAGAUUUUCUUCAUUUGACACCUCAUUGGUCUACCACCCUUCUGUAGAAUUUUUAGGAUCUUUUUAUUGCUGAUUUGUUGUGUUGAAGUACCAUCUUUAAAUUAUUUGAAUGACAACUGCUUGUCUUCCCUCUUCUGAAACAUAGAUAAUUAGCAUCCAGUUUCAUUUUGGAUUUAGUAAUCAUGGUGCAAGGACAUUGUUGGGGUAGACCAAUCAGAAAGCGUUAACUUUUUUUCUAAACCUUUCAUGUGCCAAGUAAUCACCCUAAAAUAGAAUUUUUUUUAAUCUACAACAUUUUCUAGUAGAUUGAAGUCAGUUUUGCCAGCCUCAUAUCAGAAGUAUAUUUCAUUAUCGAUUUUUAGCUCCAAAGCAGUUUGCGAGAACUGCCUAACGUUCAAGAACUACCAUGUUCAAAGUAGAUUAUUUUCUAAUUAAACAAGUCUGUUUAAAACCUGGCAUAUUAUAAAGGUACAAGCACUUUAGUACUUUUUUCAGUGAUUUUAUGAUCUGCUUUUCCUUCAACAUUCUGAUAUUUGACUUGCUGGGGUUUUAGGGGGUGUAUUGUAAGCUCAACUAUACAGUCUCUAGUAACAUUAAUAGACAAUGUUGCAGGUUGAGGUACUAGGCAUCCGUUUGAAAUAUAUUCCUCUUUAAAUCAGUGCUUUUUGACAGAGUUUAUGUGCUGGGUAACCUAACCCUGAAAUAGCAGAACACAGUCAGAAAAUGUAGUGGUCCAAAACCUAUUUGAUGUACUUUUCAAGAUGAAAUAUAUAGUAGUGGUAGUAUAAGAAGAGUCUUAAGACAUUUUCACUAACUUGCACUAUUUUGAUCCUGUAUCCAGGCUCCAUUGUAAAUAAGACAAAUCAGUAAUUAUUUCCACUAGCGGCUCGCAAUGCACAUUUCCCUGCCGGCUUUAAUUAUUCAUGCUGUAUCUAUUUCACUUUAUUUAAAUGCACUUCCAUCUACUGCAUGUACUCGGUUAUUUAAAGAAAUGUGCCGAAUUGGUAAAAAUGACUGCAGAUUACAGGAUUAAUGGUCAUUUUCUCCACAAUGCAGUGUUCAUAUUUUAUUGUAACAGUAGCCACCGGCAUGUGUUCCUAGAAAUAUGAGGCUAAAAUACUCAUUUUGCACAGUGAAAUUGCAGCGAGGGAAAGGUAGAAUUCAGCCAGUACGGGCAAGUUCUAGGCCAUUUGCUCCCAAACACCACUUUGUGGGCCAGUACAGCUUUCCUGACAGUCUCUUUAGGCAACCCUGCUUAUCUUAAUGGCAGCAAGUUGCUGUGCUGAUCCUUGGGGUAUGGCUGCUGCCUGCCUCCCACAAGCUCGCUUCUGUGCAAUGUGUGGUGCUCUGCGAGGAGCCGCCAAGACUCGGCAACGAGGCCCAUGGGAGCAUCAGCGUGGGGUAUCUAGCACGUGCUCCUGGCAGCACCGUGCUCAUCUAGCACCAAAACAAAAGGAGAAUGAAGGGGAAGAUGAACGCUGAGCUGUUUCAUUCAGGCCCAGUCUUAAUUACAGAUUAGGUGAUAUACUUUAAUGCAUCCCAGAUGAAUUUUAAAAGCUGCUUGGUGGAGUUUAAAGGAGGGUGGCAGCAUUAUGGGACCAGAAAAUGACUACCGUGGAAUGGCCCUGCUUGGUCUGUCCCGCUGUCAGUGAAGUAUUCUAGUUCUUUCCAAUAUGUCCAUUUGCUGUUGAAUGUCCCUCUUGUUCUACUCCCUGAGCAUGUGAAGGCAACAGGUUUCUGCUUACAGUCCCAAAGAGGUAUUUGAUGCCCUGACCCAAGUGUAGCAGGUGGGGAAAUCAGUUUUCUCAUCCUGCUGGCAGAGUAGUCUGCUUCUAUAAGAGGACAGGAAGAGGGAGGGGAUGGGAGAGAAAAAUGUACAAGGAGCAGCAGGAAACCUGUAGAAAACCAUGAAGAAAUGACCAUCACAUAGAUCUUAGGGUUUGGGGUGGGGCGUCUUUGGUGGUUUUUGGUUUUGUUGGGGAUAUUUUGUUAAGGUUUGGCAUUUAUAAAGAAACAGUUCUCUGAUUUCAGUCCAAUUGCUUCUCUUCUCUUUUCCAGUUUGACUGAAACUUUAAUUGCCUUUUCUAAUAAGUGCUAACUGACCUUUUGAAACAGCAAAAAAUACGUGUAUAUGUCUUGAAAGGUGCCUUUGUGUACCCAGUCGAGAACACUGUGUGGGAGCAUUCUGUUCUUUGGUCUUUAUGGGUGCCAAUAUUUAACUGUUUUAGGAUUCCUUAUGAUCCAUUUUGUUCAUUAAAAAUUCUAAUUCUGAGAGUGACUUUUGACUUAAAUCUAUAUUUUGUUAGUAGCUCUUUUUAAAAGGACAUAGUCAGGGUUGUGGGCUCUGCACUCAAGGUGCUGUCCAUCAGUCAGAGCUACGCGGGAGGCAUACCUUUACAAAGCAAAGAAUUCCAAAAUUAAGGCAGUUGAAAUCUGUCUGUGAGAUGUGGAUGAAGCAACAAAAGCUAUUAAUUUGGUAGACCCCGUGAAAAAUAAUUUUUUAUAAUUCUGGCUCUUGCUCUGGUUAUCAGCAGUGCAUUAGGAAUAGUGUUUAGCAGUCAGUGCAAGCAAAGAUAUUUUGCUAUGAGGCACUACCAAGUUGAAGUUAUUAAAACAUUUAUAGCCUUAGAAAAAAAAUCAAUGAUUGUCAAAUAGGAAAGGACAAAAUCAGUAGUUGGGACUGGGAGGAGAAUUGUUUUCCAUCUGCUAAAACAGUAGAGGAAAUGCAAAAAUUAAACUAGCAAAAGCAAUCACUUGACAGUGUCCUUUUAAGUUUAAGGUCCUGUAUUAGGAAGCUGCCGCUGGGGAGUUAGUCCAGCCAUAGAUUGUUUGUCCAGAGUGUUCCCAGUUAAUAUGCUUCAGCUACACAUCAGGCUGUGUUUUACGUGAGGCUUUGUGGAGUAACAUGACUUCUGCUAAAGCUCCUACCCAUGCCUUCGCUGUUCUUCCCGAGUGGCUCAUACACACGCACUUGCCGAGUGUUUGUGUAGUCAUUGCUUUUGCACCACCAUGGACCUGUAGUAAUCACGCCCUUUUCACUUCUAGCCUCUCCCGUCUUGCUAUUGAAUCCCAUCUUGAGCAUAUAUUUAUAUAUC